GUUGGAAUCGCUAGUUUCCGUUUGGGUUCACAACUGCAACUGUUUGUUGAUGGUGGCAUAGCUAGCCAGCUACUGCUAUGUCAAUAUUUUUGAUUUAGCUAGCUAAAACAAACGUUUUUACGAAGAAAAUGAGUUCUGAAGGGAAUCGACACGGGACGAAAAGACCUGGUUCUCCGAAUGAAGAUGGACCUACUCCAUGGGCAGCUGCAGAUCUGGGGGACAACGAGAGGAAGCAGAAGUUUUUGAGGUUGAUGGGCGCAGGGAAGAAAGAACACACUGGACGUCUAGUCAUUGGAGAUCACAAAUCAACAUCCCAUGUCCGCAGCGGGGCGGAGGACCGGAGGAUGAACUCUGAGCUGGAGUUGCAGUACCAGCAGGGGCUGGACGGGAAGCUGUCAGGCAGGAACAGGAGACACGUCGGACUGGGCUUUAGUGAGCCGGACCCAGCCCCACCUCCACCACCCGUAGAGGGCCAAAGCAAGGCAGAGCAACCAGCCAGUCCCAAUGCCCCAGACAGCCCCUCAGAACCCCAGGGCUCACCAGACAAACCCUCCUCACCAAACCCAGAGGACAGCACGAAAGACAAGAAACACACCUUCAAAAUGGCCUUUGUGAAGUCAUCCUAAGACUGGGAGAAAAACAGUCACUUUUUUUCUAAAGUCAAACCACAGAUUUGUACAUAAGUCGUUCUUUUGUGUCUCUGCAGUACUCCCAAGCUGAUACAUGGUAACUUCGUGGUUUAAGAUGGCUUUUAUGUUCCAAUGCUGAGCAGCAAACCAGUAGUGCACUACUGAAGGAGGUCACAAUCAUUGAGACAGAUUUCCCAUGUUGUUUCCUUGUCAAUUUUUGUUAGGAAUUCCUGACUGAAAGAGGGACUACGACGUGUUAUAAAUGGUUCUGAGACGAAGCUCAUGAGUUAUAAAAAUGUACUUAAACUACAAAUUGAAUAUCAAUAAACUGAAGUGUACCACA